UCUCUGUACAUAGCAGCACGCAACGGCCACGUCGAGGUGGUCAAGCUGGUGGCCAUGCACGAUGAAAGCCUUGUGACGGCGCGCGACGAGUAUGACAAUUCGGUGCUGGAUGCGGCGGCCCGGUGGGGAAAUGCCAACAUAAUUAGACUGCUACUCGAGAAGGGCGCUCCCCCCAACGCAGACGACGGCGGAGCCAUUAGCAGUGCAUGUAGCGUAGGGGCGCACGCCGCCGUACGCCUGCUCGUCCAUGCCGGCAGUAACGUCGACACCACCAACACGGCCGGCUGGACGCCACUGCACAAGGCCAUUGACAAGGACAAGCUGGACAUUGCGCGCUUCUUGCUCAAGCGCGGCGCCAAUGCCAAUGCCAAUGACAAUGCCCUCAACACCGGCGCCCCGUUGCACCUGGCCUGCUCCAAGGCCUCUCCCGCUGCCGUCCGCCUCUUGGUUGAC